GUCAUCCACUCACUGUUUAUAAGCAGCUCUCCAUGCCAAUCUCUUCCCCAUACCAUCCCUCAGCCUCUUAUCCUCCCUCUUUCUCUCUCUCCCCUUUCUCCAUACCCAUAUCAACUUUAGACUUCUCACACAAACACAAGUCUUUUUCUCCAUAUCCAUAUCAAGUUUGACUUCAUAAUCUUUACCAUCUUCAAGAUUUGUAAACCCUAGAGUGAGAGUGAGAGUUAUGGCAUCAAGUUCUCUCAGUUCACGUAGGUCGUUGUCAUCAUGGACACCGCAGCUGAACAAGCUGUUUGAGCAGGCAUUGGCUCAGUACGACAAGGACACGCCGGACCGGUGGCACAACAUAGCAAGGGCAGUGGGUGGAGGGAAAUCUGCGGAGGAAGUUAAGAGACACUAUGAUAUACUUCUUGAGGAUCUAAGGCGCAUUGAGUCGGGUCGUGUUCCGAUUCCUAAUUACAGGUCCAAUGCCAAUGCAGAUGAGGAACGGAGACACACCUAAUGAGAGGGUGAUUUGCGAUCUGGAGUUGGGCCGAGGCAACAGGCCGAACAGGUUGAGAGCCCAAUGGUGCAUGGGGCCGAGAUGAUCGACUAUCCGCCCAGAGAUGGGCUGCCAGAACUUGGGCCGGGCAGAACUUGGGCCGAGUGUGAGCCGCCCCGGACCGAGAAGCUCGGCAAGGUAGUGCUCGGUUGGACCGAGCUGCCUGAUCAGGGGAUGGCUGAAGCCAGACGAGCUGAGUGACCGGCGCCCGGAAAGGCGUGGUCAACCGAGGAGACCGUUUGAUCGGCAGGAAGGCCGACCAAAGGA